AUGCCGGGUGCUGAAGCGUCCCAAGGCGGAAAGCCUGCAUCACAUGGCAGCCCGUUUAAGAGACGCACUAACUCCGAGCGCUCGGCUUAUCAAGACCAUGACGAGAAUGACGGUGAUAUUCCGAGCGAGCAAAGACCUCUCCUCGGGCCCCGAAGAUCGUCAACUCUGAGAAACGAUAGCAGCUCAGUGACGAGCAACGGCGAUGCUGAAGAAGAGAUGUUGCGACAAAAACAAUCAGAGCCGCCGGUAUCAUGGAGGUCGAUACCGAACAAGGGCCAAUUGGCCAUGAUUGUGUUUGCGCGGCUGGCUGAGCCGUUGGCCGCCAGAUCGCUGACUUCGUAUCUGUUUUACCAGUUGCGAUGGUUUGACCCGGCGCUGCCCGACUCUGAAAUUGCCAGCCGGGCUGGACUUCUCACGGCGGCAUUCUCUGCAGCGCAGUGCGUCACUGCUAUGUUAUGGGGCCAUGCGGCCGACAGCCCACUGUUUGGGAGAAAGAGGGUUCUGCUUAUUGGGCUCCUGGGAACAUGUAUUUCUGCGCUCGGCAUGGGGUUUGCAACGUCUUAUGCAACAGCAGUCUUCUUCCGAUGUGUGCAGGGCGCCUUGAACGGCAAUAUUGGUGUGCUUAGGACCAUGGUCUCGGAGAUAAUCGUCGACAAGAGAUACCAGUCGCGCGCAUUCCUAUUGUUGCCCAUGUGCUUCAAUGUUGGUGUCAUUAUUGGGCCUCUCAUUGGGGGUUUCCUAGCAGACCCAAUUACGUCUCUACCGGACGUCUUUGGUCCAGGGUCUCUUCUAGGCGGGAAAGAUGGAGUGGCGUGGAUGCGACAGUAUCCUUACGCCCUGCCCAAUCUUGUUUGCGCCACGCUCUUGAUUAUAGCAACCAUUGGCGUGAUACUAGGUCUUGAUGAGACACAUCCGUUGUUGCGAUACAAGCCGGAUCCUGGACGAAGACUCGGAAGCCUGCUCUAUCGCACCAUGUUCAGCAAGGGCAGUUCCAAGAACACAAGUGACCACGAGUAUGAACCCCUUGCGACGAACAACGACCAAAAUCGACCUGAGAGCGAGGCUCUCGUCAUCGCGUCCGUAGAUGAAGAGGAAGAGGACGUGGAACAAGCGCCGCCGCCGCGUCCAAAGCCGGCAGUGGAAGAGAAAGCUCCUCUCCGCCGACUGUGGUCCCGAAACGUGAUCGUCACGCUUCUCCAACAUCAUGUCCAGACACUGCAUGUAUCGUCGUUCAAUACACUUCUCUUCACCAUGUUGCCCACUUCGCGGUCAUCCAACGAGAAUGCGCAUUAUCCAUUCCGGUUCACGGGUGGUCUGGGCAUGUCGUCGCGGGAUUUGGGAUUCGCCAACACCAUUAUUGGCUGUGUGGGCAUUCCUCUGCAGAUCCUGCUUUUCCCUUACCUGAGCGGGAAGCUGGGCAUCAAGGCAUCUUAUCGUCUUUUCCUAGCUUUCAGCGCUCUCGCCUACUUUGCCCUUCCGUAUCUGGUUCUCCUCCCCGACAAGGCAUCGAUCCUGUGGCCGUUUCUGUCGCUGGACCUGGUCUCCUAUGUAUUCUCCAGAGUAUUUGUAGGCCCCGCCACCAUCAUGCUGGUCAACGAAUGUGCUCCGCACCCAACUCUGCUGGGCACGGUUCACGGCGUGGCACAAAGUACCAGUAGUCUGGCGCGGAUGCUGGGGCCGACGCUUGCGGGUUUGCUGCUCGGUUGGGGAUUGCAAAACAAUUGCGUGGGGCUGCCGUUCUGGGUCAUCACGAUAUUGGCGGCUCUCAACUGGGGACUGAUCUUGUGGGUUCGAGACGUGCAUAUACCCAAAUAG